UUGUCGAGGCCAGGGGCCAGAGGGACGUGAAACGGUCCGGGUCGGUUGGAUUCAAGUCCUGACCCGUAUCAUUACCUCGAUAUGGAGCCUGCUCCCUUCAGCGUUCACUCGCUCGUUCGUCGGCCCUCUCUCUCUACUUGCCGGCAGAGAUUAUUCUCUCCCAAAAAUGGCUGGGAAACUGUGUAAUAUGGCUACACGGAUCAUGGGUGGCAGUAGUCUGGUUGGGCGGUCGUUGUCCUCAUCUUCUCUGCAUUUUCGUUCUGGCAUGGGUCUGCCCGUUGGGAAACACAUAGUUCCUGAUAAGCCUCUUCCGGUGAAUGAUGAGCUAAUUUGGGACAACGGAACCCCAUUCCCAGAACCUUGCAUAGAUCGUAUUGCCCCCACAGUUGGAAAGUACGAGGCUUUGGCUUGGAUGUGUGGAGGUUUAGGCUUUUUUGCAGGCCUUGCACUGUUAGCUGUCUGGAAUGACAAGGCUUCAAAAAUACCCUUUACACCAAAAGUCUAUCCAUUCGACAAUCUACGGGUGGAGCUUGGAGGCGAACCAUGAGCUUUUAGUUUUGAAUCCACAAUUUCGCAGAUGAUAUCUUAGUUCAUUUGAAUUUCUUCUGAACUGAUGCAGGUGAAAGAAUAUAGCAAUCCGAUCAGCUUUAUUAUGUGUUUUUUUUUUUUUUCUCUUUGGUUGAUUCAGGUUCGACUGGACAAGGGUUGUUUCCAAAAGUUCUUUGCUUGUUAAAAGAUACGAAGAUCCUGAUUGUGAAUAAUGAAAACGGAGUUUAAUAAAGGGAUGCUGGUCUCUGAUGUUGCUCUA